AUGGACGGGCUCUUUACGCUCGUAUGCCUGAGUCUCCUGAUGGGAGUAGCGUCCUUUGUCGUUGGAUCCCUACCGCUGACCUUUUCCCUUUCUUCGUCCCAGCUGCGGCUCAUUUCGGCCCUGGGGAUGGGCCUGCUGGUUGGCACGUCUCUUAUCGUCAUUAUCCCGGAAGGCGUGGAAACGCUCUACAGCUCUCGCGUGAAACCGCAUCAGCAUGGGCGCGAACAUGGACACCAGCGAAGGGAUCUCCUAGCGCACAGCAUUGACGUUCGAUGGAACCUUAAUUCGGAUGUCGCAUCUAUUUCACGGUCUAUUGGCGAUAUAGAACAGCCGGGCGCGCGCUGGCUGGCGGUUCGAGAGGAACCGGCGUCCGAUGGCGACCAGACGCACCCUGACGGACCACCGGAAGCGGACAACAAGGACAAGAAGCCGUCUGGCGAGAAGGAAGACGGCAAGAAGGGGGAGGAGAAGCCACCCGCGCACGAAGACGAACAUGACAGCGGACCACACGCUUGGAUAGGAGUUGGGCUGGUCAGCGGGUUCAUACUCAUGUACCUGGUCGACAAGCUGCCACAGUACAUGCCCUCGUCGUCGAAGCAGCAGCAGCGGCCAUACCACAUAUCGCUCGACAAUCUGGGAUCGGGCAUCGCCCGGACGACCAACGGCGCACGACAGGGCGGCAGCGACCCUGGACUCGCAACGACGGCCGGGCUGGUGAUACAUGCGGCAGCGGACGGCAUUGCGCUGGGUGCUUCCACCUCCAACAUGGGCCUGAGCCUGAUCAUCUUCGUUGCCAUCAUGGUGCACAAAGCUCCCGCAUCGUUCGGCCUCACCUCGGUCUUGCUGAAGCAGGGCCACUCCACCAAGAGUGCCCGAGCCCAUCUACUGGUCUUCAGUCUCGCAGCACCCGGCGGAGCACUCUUGACAUGGCUGGUUACGCACACCAUUCUGGCAGGCCAUGCCAGCGACGAGCAGAGCACCCGGUUCAGAACCGGCAUGCUGCUGUUGUUUUCAGCCGGUACCUUUCUCUAUGUUGCCAUGCACACGAUGCAGGAGAACCCCCUUGAGCCAGCCCGUCGAGAGUCUCACGCAAACGGAUACGUUGAUGGGCGGGACCCACCGCAACGGCCGAAGCAUUCUAUGAGAGAUCUCAUCGCGUCCGUCGCCGGCAUGAUCAUGCCUCUCUUUCUCCAGAUCGGACAUGCGCAUUAA